UCUUCUUCCUGAGCUCCGUAGGCCCGAACGAGAAUGUCGUCACCCCGUUGGGUAUGGUCUCGGUGCUGGUGUUUAUCAUCUUCGCGGGCUUCAUAGUGACCAAGAGCCAAAUUCCAGACUACUUGAUCUGGGCGCAUUGGCUCAGCCCGAUGACGUGGAGCAUUCGAGCCCUCUCGAUCAACCAGUACCGCUCGGACAACUUGGAUGUCUGCGUCUACGACGGCGUUGACUACUGCAAGGACUACGGCAUGACCAUGGGUGUGUACUACCUGGACCUGUUUGGCCUCGAGACGGAGAAGUCGUGGAUUGUGUACGGCAUCAUCUACACGCUUGCGAUGUACGUCCUCUUCAUGUUCAUGUCCUUCUUGGGGCUUGAAUACCUCCGCUACGAAGCCCCUGAGAACGUUGACGUGUCUGAGAAGACAAUUGAGGAUGAAUCGUACGCGAUGCUGGCGACGCCUAAGAAUGCUGGAGCGGCCAACGCAUCGGGGCACUACGUCGUGCAGCUUGACGACCGUGAGAAGAACUUCACCCCGGUGACGGUGGCCUUCCAAGACCUGCACUAUUUCGUGCCCGACCCGAAGAACCCGAAGCAAGAGCUCGAGCUGUUGAAGGGUAUUAACGGUUUUGCUGUCCCUGGAUCGAUCACCGCGCUCAUGGGCUCUUCGGGAGCUGGUAAGACGACGUUGAUGGAUGUGAUCGCUGGCCGCAAGACCGGCGGUAAGAUCACGGGCAGGAUCAUGCUGAACGGCUACGAGGCCAACGACCUCGCCAUUCGCCGCUGCACGGGCUACUGUGAGCAGAUGGACAUCCACUCGGAAGCUGCCACCAUUCGUGAGGCCUUGACUUUUAGCUCGUUCCUGCGCCAGGAUGCAUCGAUCCCGGCCGCCAAGAAGUACGACUCGGUGAACGAGUGCAUUGAGUUGCUCGGACUUGAAGACAUUGCCGACCAGAUCAUCCGCGGCAGCUCCGUGGAGCAGAUGAAGCGACUGACGAUCGGUGUGGAGCUUGCUGCCCAGCCGAGUGUGAUUUUCCUGGACGAGCCGACGAGUGGUCUGGACGCGCGCUCCGCCAAGCUGAUCAUGGACGGUGUCCGCAAGGUGGCCAACUCGGGCCGCACUAUUAUCUGCACGAUCCACCAGCCUUCGUCGGAGGUGUUCUACCUGUUCGACAGCCUGCUCUUGCUGAAGCGUGGUGGUGAGACCGUGUUCUUUGGUGAGUUGGGCCAGAAGUGCAGCAACCUGAUCGACUACUUCGAGGGAAUUCCCGGCGUGGCUCCGCUACCUGUCGGCUACAAUCCGGCGACAUGGAUGCUGGAGUGCAUUGGUGCUGGUGUGGGAAACACUGCUGCCGAUGCUACGGACUUCGUGCAAUGCUUCAGGAACAGUCCGCUUAACCGUGCGUUGGAGGCGAACAUGGCAAAGGAAGGCAUCAGUGUUCCGUCGCCUGAUCUCCCGGAGAUGAUCUACACCGAGAAGCGAGCCGCCGACUCCAAGACGCAGAUGAAGUUUGUGGUGUGGCGCUUCAUCGUGAUGUACUGGCGUACGCCCAGCUACUCUCUUACGCGGAUGUACCUGGCGCUUUUCUUGGCGAUUGUCUUCGGCCUGAUUUUCGUCGACGUCGACUACGCGUCGUACUCGGGCCUGAACUCGGGCGUGGGCAUGGUGUUCGUCGCCGCGCUCUUCCAGGCCAUGAUGACCUUCCAGAGUGUGCUUCCGCUGGCCUGCGCCGAGCGCGCCUCUUUUUACAGGGAGCGUGCUUCACAAACGUAUAAUGCGCUGUGGUACUUCGUGGGCUCGACUGUGGCUGAAAUCCCCUACUGCUUCUUCAGCGGAGCUCUCUUCACGGUCGUCUACUACCCCUUCGUGGGUUUUUCGGGUUUCGCCAAGGGUCUGCAGUUCUGGCUGGCGAUCUCGCUCAUGGUUCUCAUGCAGGUCUACAUGGGCAUGAUGUUCGCCUACGCGAUGCCAAGUGAAGAGGUGGCGGCUAUCAUUGGUCUGCUGUUUAACGCUGUGUUCAUGAUGUUCAUGGGGUUCAGCCCUCCGGCCUACUCCAUUCCUUCUGGCUACACGUGGCUCUACAAGAUCUCGCCGCUGCGAUUCCCGCUAUCGAUCAUGGAGGCGCUGGUGUUCGCCGACUGCGAUGAGCUGCCGACCUGGAACGAGACCACGCAGUCGUACGAGAACGUGGGUUCCCAGCUCGGAUGCCAGCCGAUGGCGGACUCGCCGGCUACUGUCGGCCACAUCACGAUCAAGGAGUACACGGAGCAGUACUUUGGCUUCGAGCACGACGAUAUCACGCGCUACUUCUUCGUGGUGAUCGGCUGCAUCAUUCUGUUCCGCAUCCUCGGACUGAUCGCGCUGCGCUACAUCAACCACCAGAAGCGGUAGACGGACCGAUGCGCUCGAGCUGCUCGAUCGCAGCCACACUGCAUGAUGGAUUUUUGCAUGCUUUGAUACAUUUACACCAACAAUACAAAAUCUGUCUUUGGUUUCCACUUUCUAUUGUUUCACAAGUUGUUGUUGUGAUUCACAACAGUUUUGAAUCGAUUCGUAUCUCAAUGCCAAGAUGUGCUAACGGCCUGCUGUAGCUGCCUUACAAUCGAUUCGUGACUCAAUGGCCAGGAUAUGCUGAUGGCCUGCUUACUUAAGUACCUUACAACGCGACAGCUGCUGGCCACCUUUCCGCGAGGAUACCUUUAUCCGGCUCGUUAAACCGCGGCAUCAUCUCGCGGCGGGUCUUCAGAUGCCUGGCAGCAGCACUGCCAUCAUCACGGUCGUACGCUCGACUGCUUCCAUCUCGCUUUUGUUGUCUGUUGGCCAGGUAGCGCUGGUAUCCAGUCUGCAAAGCCAGCACCCUGUGUAUCGCGAUGGCCCGCGCAGCAUGUGCUGCACCCUGGUAACGCUUGAAACCCUGAGGUUUCAUGUGGUGCUUGCCAAAACAGGCAACACGGUGCAAAUCGCUGUGACGGUUGCUCGCGGCAUGGCGUGCGCCCCAAGCUAUUAUAGUGUCGGCCUGUUCUCCUUAGCAGUGCAUCCGGUAGUGCAGGCCAAUUGGAUCGCACGACAACAUUCAAUCCUGUCCAGCAAAUGGAGACUUUCACUAAAAAAAAGUCUCAGUAUUAAAGGGUCCUUCACUUUCCUUAUUAUACAAUUUGUAGGACCUUCGCGUACAUAGGACCUUCAGGCAGUGAAGGGACGCGACGGUUGGACAGCCAAUCACAGGCCGUCUGAGCUGCGAUAUGCUCCGAUGAUGGCACCCAUUUUCUAUUUUCGGCUAGUUUUGGCAGCAACAGUUAUCACCUAGCCCGCGCCGGAUGACGGCGAGCUCUUGUUAUUUGUGGCAGCGGCCUCACCGUGCCACAUAGGCUGCUUCACACAUUUUCGCUCGAAACUGAAGUUCGGACCCCACAAACAAACCCAUCUCGCCACGGCCCGCCGCCACAAACGUCAAUGCGGUAGCGAGCGGUAGACGCACCGCGCGCGGCUUACGGCCGCUUCAACCUGGCCAAGCUGCACCGUUUACCCUCGGCGCGCACGAAGUCAUCCUCGUCCGGUCGUCCACCCCGUUGUUUGACAGCGGCCCGCAUUGACCCGGGCCAGGCCAAAUCGAGGCCGGUAACCAGGCAGUCAUUCUCCAUUUUCCUGCUUAGCGCUCAGCCAGCAGCCAACAUGGAAUUAUCCACACAGCCGUCGCCGACCACGGCCAAGAAGCUCGGCCUCGAGUCGGGCCAGGCCCUCAUGGCCGAGGGCCCGCAGGUGCUGCACCAGUACGUCGCCACCAAGAUGUGCGCAAGGAGAUCCUCAAGAACGUGAGCGGCAUGUUCGCGCCCGGCAGGAUCACGCUGCUGCUG